CGUUCAUUAACCACGGCGCCAGCAAGUCCUCGUACCGACUCCCUUCCGGUUGACGACUAUUACAGCGCACCCCCGCCGCACUCCCAUCCCGAAGCAUCUGCUAGUUCUCCUGUUAGCCCUCCACCCUUCUCCUCACUCGACUUUGCCUUCAACACCAAUCAGCCGAAGGCCGCCGAUUCGGGACCUGCAUCUCUCCCAGCCUUUGCGCCGCCCGUUGAGGACCCUAUCGAUCCAGCUCCUUCAUCGUCAGUUGUCGCAGACACCAAAGCUAGCUUCUCCGAUCCCAAGGGAGACGGACCUGGGAAAAACUCCGACGACGGGGAACCGCCGCCGCCAUACACCGAAGGCUACAGCCCACUUGAAUCAUUCACCUACGUGAUGGCCGCAGCUGGAGGUGCUUCGAGCAUCAUUACCCAGGUUCAGCAGACUGGGGGACCGCCGAUUAACACACUGGGGGAUAUCGGUGGAGAUGAGCAUAUUACUCUCGACCUCCGGGGCACUCGAUUUACACUAUCCCGCGAUGAAUUGUUGACCCUGCCGGAGUUUGUACUACUCUCUUUAUUCCCUAAUGGUCUCCUUCCUGAUGGACAUAUGGGCGGUUUUCACGAAGGCGACAUUUACCCAGUUGAUUAUGAUCCCGCCUCACUUCAGUACAUGCUGGAUUUCUUUCGCUCUGUUGCUCAAUCUAUUCCGGCCUCGCUGCAUUCGGAAUCGACAUCCCCUGAACUGGAAGUGCCGGAUGUAAUGCAAAACUCCGCGCGUGACAUGCUCCAGGAUCGUGCUGGGAUCAUUGUCCUCCGUGAGGAUCUUGACUUUUACGUGAUCCCACCGCGAUCAGACAUCGGACACGAGGAGAUGCUUGAAGUUAAGCGGGCCGCUGGCCGGGCGCUCUUGAAACAGGAUGGCAUUUUCUCUGGCUUGCGCAAAAGCGAAGAGCUCGGCUCUACUGAGCAACAUCUGAUCGAAAUGUUGACUGCCGGUGGAUUUGAUCGCGACGAUCGAUGGGGUCAUCGAGCUCCGGAACCCAACAAGGCCGUCAUUUGCAGCCUUGCAUUGGCAAAGCUCCGGACUGACAUCCGGGGGGACAUGUCGAAUAACAAUGCCGUCGGAAUGGCCCAGAAGCUCCUACUUUUCUGGAGAAAACCCGCUCGACGAUGCUGGUGGGAAGGUGUUGAUCUGGAUGAUGUUGAAGGCGUUGAAGGGCAAGUCAAGGUGUGGAUUCGACGGGUCUGGACUCUGGAAAUGAGUGUCAUUGGGCUUCGUUGA